UGGGGGCUGCGCUGGGUGCGCGGGGCGAGCUGCGCCCGCUGCGCUCCGCGGGCUCUCAGAGCGCUGGGCACCGGCCGGGCUGUGGUCCCCGCGCGCCGCCGUCGCCUUUCGAGGGGGCUCGGCUCACAGCGACCGGCGGCCGGGGAGAUGUGAGCCGGGGCCGGCGGGCGUGGCCGGACCGCCGCGAUGUGGCUCAAGCCCGAGGAGGUGCUGCUGAAGAACGCGCUGAAGCUCUGGGUGACCCAGAAGAGCAGCUGCUACUUCAUCCUGCAGCGGCGCCGCGGGCACGGAGAGGGGGGCGGCCGCCUCACGGGUCGCCUGGUCGGCGCUCUGGAUGCAGUGUUGGAUUCCAAUGCACGGGUUGCUCCAUUUCGAAUUCUGCUUCAAGUUCCCGGCUCCCAGGUUUAUUCUCCCAUAGCAUGUGGUGAGUUACUGAAUGGAUCAGACGUUUACUGGGCCAUAGCCACUGGUGCAACAUUAGAGGAAAUCAACCAGCACUGGGACUGGCUGGAACAAAAUCUCCUCCACACCUUGUCCGUCUUUGAUAAUAAAGAUGACAUUGCCAGUUUUGUCAAAGGGAAGGUAAAGGCUCUGAUAGCCGAGGAGACCAGCAGCAGGCUCGCCGAGCAGGAGGAGGAACCCGAGAAAUUCCGAGAAGCCCUGGUGAAGUUCGAGGCCAGGUUCAACUUCCCCGAGGCGGAGAAGCUGGUCACCUACUACUCCUGCUGCUGUUGGAAGGGCAGGGUGCCCCGCCAGGGCUGGCUGUACCUCAGCAUCAACCACCUCUGCUUCUACUCCUUCUUCCUGGGCAAGGAACUUAAACUCGUAGUUCCGUGGGUUGAUAUCCAGAAAUUAGAAAGAACGUCCAAUGUCUUUCUGACGGAUACCAUCCGAAUCACCACGCAGAAUAAGGAACGUGACUUCUCCAUGUUCCUGAACCUGGAUGAGGUGUUUAAGGUCAUGGAGCAGCUGGCCGACGUGACGCUGCGAAGGCUGCUGGAUAAUGAGGUCUUUGACCUCGACCCCGAUCUGCAGGAGCCGAGCCAGAUCACCAAGAGGGACCUGGAAGCCAGAGCACAGAACGAGUUCUUCCGGGCUUUCUUCAGGUUGCCGAGGAAGGAGAAGCUGCACGCGGUUGUGGACUGUUCGCUCUGGACGCCGUUCAGUCGCUGUCACACCGCGGGGCGGAUGUUCGCCUCUGACAGCUACAUCUGCUUUGCCAGCAGAGAAGAUGGCUGCUGUAAGAUCGUCCUGCCACUCAGAGAGGUGGUGAGCAUCGAGAAGAUGGAGGACACGAGCCUGCUGCCGCAUCCCAUCAUUGUCAGCAUCAGAAGCAAGGUGGCCUUCCAGUUCAUUGAGCUCCGGGACCGAGACAGCCUGGUGGAGGCGCUGCUUGCGAGGUUAAAGCAGGUCCACGCCAACCACCCCGUGCACUACGACACCUCUGCGGAUGAUGACAUGGCUUCACUCGUGUUUCAUUCAACAAGCAUGUGCAGUGACCACAGGUUUGGGGAUCUUGAAAUGGUGUCUUCUCAAAAUAACGAGGAGAGUGAGAAAGAGAACAGCCCGCUGCUGCACCCCGAUGCCCUGGUCACUGCCUUCCAGCAGUCAGGCAGCCAGAGCCCUGACUCCCGAAUGUCCAGAGAACAGAUAAAAAUAAGCCUGUGGAAUGACCACUUUGUGGAAUACGGCAGAACCGUGUGUAUGUUUCGCACAGAGAAGAUUCGGAAGCUCGUAGCCAUGGGCAUCCCUGAAUCUUUGCGAGGGAGACUCUGGCUUCUCUUCUCAGAUGCGGUGAUGGAUCUCGCCUCACACCCUGGUUACUACGGGAAUCUGGUGGAGGAGUCCCUGGGGAAAUGCUGCCUGGUAACCGAGGAGAUAGAACGAGACCUGCACCGCUCCCUGCCAGAGCACCCCGCCUUCCAGAACGAAACGGGAAUCGCUGCUUUGAGGAGAGUCUUGACAGCCUAUGCCCAUCGGAACCCCAAGAUUGGAUACUGCCAGUCCAUGAACAUCCUGACCUCCGUGCUGCUGCUGUACGCCAAGGAGGAGGAAGCCUUCUGGCUGCUGGUUGCUGUGUGUGAGCGGAUGCUGCCCGAUUACUUCAACCACCGAGUGAUCGGGGCGCAAGUGGACCAGUCUGUCUUUGAGGAGCUCAUCAAGGGUCACCUCCCAGAGCUGGCGGAGCACAUGAACGACCUCUCAGCCCUGGCGUCCGUCUCUCUCUCGUGGUUCCUGACCCUGUUCCUCAGCAUCAUGCCUCUAGAGAGUGCGGUGAAUGUGGUAGAUUGCUUCUUCUACGAUGGCAUCAAAGCCAUCUUCCAGCUGGGACUGGCUGUGCUUGAGGCCAAUGCUGAGGACCUGUGCAGCAGCAAGGACGAUGGCCAGGCCUUGAUGAUCCUCAGCAGGUUUCUAGAUCACAUUAAGAAUGAGGACAGCCCAGGGCCCCCAGUUGGCAGCCACCAUGCCUUUUUCUCCGAUGACCAGGAGCCCUACCCUGUGACUGACAUUUCAGACCUGAUCCGGGAUUCCUAUGAGAAAUUUGGAGACCAGUCUGUGGAGCAGAUCGAGCACCUGCGUUACAAGCACAGGAUCAGGGUCCUCCAAGGCCACGAGGACACCACAAAGCAGAACGUGCUUCGAGUAGUUAUCCCGGAAGUCUCAAUUCUUCCUGAAGACCUAGAGGAGCUCUACGACUUAUUCAAGAGAGAACACAUGAUGAGCUGUUACUGGGAGCAGCCCAGGCCCAUGGCCUCACGCCACGACCCCAGCCGGCCCUAUGCCGAGCAGUACCGCAUAGACGCCCGGCAGUUUGCACACCUGUUUCAGCUAGUCUCGCCCUGGACCUGCGGGGCCCACACGGAGAUCCUCGCCGAAAGGACGUUCAGGCUCUUGGAUGACAACAUGGACCAGCUCAUCGAGUUCAAAGCAUUUGUGAGCUGCCUCGAUGUUAUGUAUAAUGGAGAAAUGAAUGAGAAGAUUAAACUAUUAUACAGGCUUCAUAUCCCUCCAGGUCUGGCCCUCUGCCAGGGUAAUAUGGGAGACAGACAUCUUCGGUGAGCUUGGUUGUAAAGGCAUCUGCUGCAGCUCAGGAAGCAAUGAAGAGCCGAGACCCAAGGCCUCAUCCAUUUCCAGGAGGGCUCACUUUAUGGGCUCUUGGUGACUGUAACACUGUUUAGCACAGGAACUAGCAAAGAAAUAUUACAGAUGAUUUGGUACCAUGUCAGGUAAUACACAGAUGAAGAGUAUUCCAGAAGAUUAUGAAAUCAACAGUUUUCACUGCAGAUUGAUAUAAACCUACGGAUAUUGGUCAUUUUGCUUAGUUAAUUAUACUAAUUGGACUUUCAGAGGAGAACUUCCUGGGAGAACUUUAUUUCCCUUGGAAAGAAACAUAACAAACUGCUGAUAAAGUUAUAUUGAAAAUGGACACACACAAAUGAGACAAUUUGGAGGUUUUUCUGUAAGUUUGUAUACCGAGCAGACCUAUGAGGACCCCUCACAUCAUGAGUUUCUUCUGCGAACUCUGAGAUUCAGGGGAUAUGCUAUUUUAUUCACAGAUAGGCUCUCUGAAAGGUUUGCCUGCCAGCCUGAAUCCACAUUAAAGGCUGUCCUUAAAAUGUUGAUUAAUAAAAUUGGAGCUGCUCCAGUCUUUGUGUUCAGCUUUCUGUGAAGGAAUAGAAGUUUCCUUCUGAGGUCUUAUACAUAACCAAGUACAUCUGCUGUCUAAAGGAUGAGUUCUGUCAAGAAGUUGAGUUAAAAGGAGAAACCUUUUGAAUAAUUCCAAUUUGCAGUUGGUUAAGGGUAAUUAUUGGCUUUUAAAAAAAAGCACUUAAAACGUUGAAAACCUGAAUGAACUUAAUUGAUAACUGAAAGAGCACAUGACAUUAUAUUAACACAUACUGACAAAAUAUGAAUUCAAAGCAAAAAUUCAACUUCGAAAAAAAGGAGGUCACAAAUGUUUCAUUAGUGAUGUUUAGUCAGUGUUAUAAUUUGAAUUCUAAAACCUAAUUAUAGAUUAGCACAGCAAUCUGUAUGAAUGAGGGAAAGCUUUGUUAUUCUGAAAACUUUAUAUGAAAAAGUGUUGAUUGGAUUCGAAAUCUAGUCCCAUUAGCCAAAAAAUCGUCAACAUUACAUUUGUCAGUGAAAAAGGGGUUGAUAUGUAGAAUGAGCACAUGCUUGAAGUAGAAUUGCGAGCACUGGGACGGUUCAAAUCCUCUAUAAUGACUUUUCACCAAGUAGAGAAAAAAAUGCCAUUUGCUUUCCCCUUCUUGUUCGGUUUCUCACUGAUGGUGACAGUCUGUUUUGAAGAGAUCAUCGUUUUGAAGACCUAAUUGGGAAUUGCAUGUAGCUGCUUCACUGUUAGUAUUAGUAUGAAAACUAAUAUUAAAAAGUCCUGAGCGUGCCAAGAUUUUGGUAACAUCUUAUCCUUUUUGUCACUUGACCCUAUCUUGCCUGUGAUAAAGUGAUGUACCAUGGAUAUCUGUUAGAAUGAUCUGCUUUCCAAACCUGUGUAGUACAAUUGGAAAUACGCAAGAUCUUUGCACAGCAUGGUCUGCUUUGCCAAGGGUAUCUGCAGAUUAGAUGGUAGGUACUGAUAAAUGUAUACCGUUGUGUGCCACAUAGGGAUGUUCUGGGCAAGGAUAGACAGCAUGUAUGAUGGUGGUCCCAUAGGAUUACGACGAGACUGAAAAAUUCCUAUCUUAGCCAUUGUAAACACCACAGCAAAACACAUUACUCAUGUUUUUGUGAUGGUGCUGGUGUAAACAACUCUAUUGCUGUUGUAUAAAAGUCUAGCAUAUAAAAUUACAUGUAACACCUAAUACUGGGUAACGAUAAUGAAUAUUAUUGCUUUAUGUAAUUACUAUACUAUUUAUCAUUAUUUUAGCAUGCAUUCCUUCUACUUAUUAAAAAAAAUAAACUGUAAAACAGCCUCAGGCAGGUCCUUCAGGAGCUAUUCCAGAAGGCACAGGAGAGGACACCUUUGUGUGUGUUAUUGCCCAUGAAGACCUUCAGUUGGGACAAGAUGUGGACGUGGAAGACAUUGAUAUUGAUGAUCCUGACCCUGUGUAGGCCUAGGCUAAUGUGCGUGUUUGUCUUGGUUUUUAACAAAAAAGUUAAAAAGAUUUUUUUGAUAGAAAAAUGUUUAUAGAAUAAAAAUAUAAAGAAAA